AUGUUGUUGCUAUCGGUUCUAUUUGUUCUGCUUCUCGGCAUCCAUGUUGAACUCGUCAUUAUUUGUGGAAAGAAGAAAAAGGUGAUAAAAUCGAACCAAAUGGGCAUCGCAGGUAAGUUCCGGAACGUUCUGGUCUGAUGACUUAGCAAGUUUGUUCGCAUUCUUAUUUCAUUUUGGAUGCUGUGGACCUUGUUUUGAUGCACCGAAAAUUUAGCUCUUUAUUUCAGGUGACGUUGUGAAUGACGCGGGCGAUAAGCCGCCUAUGAGAAAAGUGGAAAAGAGCGAGCGUUUGUCAAUUCAUGGGUCCGAAGACGAUGAGGAAGUCAAGAUGCCGCCCAUGGUCGUCAACGAUGUCCCGAAUCUGCGGUCGCAAGCCACACAGGCCAGCCAGACGAGGAAUACGGAGGAUACUCAAGAAGACGCAAGUCAAGGAACUGCACAACAUAAGGUAUUUCUUGUGUAGGCUGUUGAUUCUUUAAUUUUUCCAGUCAAUUAACAAGUCCGCCGGUGGAUCAGCCAAAAACAUGAAAACGAGUGUCGAACCCUCUAAAGUGCAAUCAUGUCAGAACUAG